UUGUGCGAUAUCAUGGACAUGGACCAAACAAUGACAUCGGCAUAUCAUCCUCAGACAAAUGGUCUAACAGAACGAUUUAAUCAAACCAUGGUUACUCAACUUAUGAAGCUGGUAAACGAUGAGUGCAACGACUGGGAUCAGUACAUACAUGCCAUAGCCUUCGCCUACCGUACAAACAAACAGAGUUCUACAAAGUAUUUGCCAUUUGAAUUGCUUUAUGGUCAGAAGCCCCGACUACCCGUCGACCUAGAAUACUAGGUAGACGAUGCAACAUGUGAUGUGGACAUGGAUGAUGUCGGCACCAGAAUGAAGCAGCUGGCAGACCUGACCAAGCAUCGUGACACCGCCCAGGACAACAUAUCAGAUGCCCAGAAGAAACAAAAGAAACGAUACGACAUUAAGCACAGAGGAUCCAUAUUUGAGAUUGGCGAUCACGUGGCGAUAGUCAACCGUCGACGAGAUACCAGGAAGGGAGACAAACUCGCACCACGAUUCAAGGGGCCAUAUACAGUGACGCAAACUUUAGGGAAAGGACUCUACGUAUUGAAGAAGGGUGAUGCCGUGCUGAAAACCAAAUACAAUGCCGUGAAUCUUAAGAGGUGGAACAAACCUGAAAGUGCAACAAAAUCUGUCAGGACAGAAGAGCUGCCACAAAGGUCGUCGAAAUGGGUACCAAAAUUUAAACUGAACGAGAGUGAUCGAUGCGACAUUCUCAACGGUGCAUGGUUGAGCGACAGAGUGAUUGAUGCUUGCCAUAUGCUCAUCACAGAGUCUACUGGUAUUCAAAAUCAGUCUACACUACUGAAGCAGACAGCAUUCAAGCCAAUGGAUACCACUGUGCAAAUCUUACAUGACCAUGAUCACUGGGUGACUGUUUCUGGGAGUAAGGAUGGAAUUCAAUUCGCUGACAGCAUUCCAUCUCAUCCCAUUACUGACAACAUAAAACGGCAAAUGAAAGAAAUUUUCAAGAAUCGUUUGAACACAGAUGGGAAUGAUUGUGGGGUCUUUGCAAUAGCCAAUGCCUUCCAGUUGGCCCAGGAUAUGUCUCCCUCAGUGAAAUAUAACAUUGCCAAUAUUCGCAAUCAUAUCUUAAAAUGUAUUGAAGACAGGAAGAUGCGAGCAUCCGAUUAUAUGUCACUGAGAAAAAAAUCGAUGGAUAAAAUCGUGUGCAUCUAA